AUGUACAGCAACACUCUGAGGGAGAAUACACAGACUUUGAGCCCUCCAGAGGGAAGCACACUGGACAUUGACUUCAUGGACCUUGGAUAUGAGUCCAUGAAAUCAGAGACCUCCUUACAAGAGACCACCCCUGACCCCUUCAGCCUCAUCGACUCUGUGGCACAGGGCAGAAGGGCUCUAGCUUUUGUGCUGGCCAGCAAGAUGGCUAACGUCGGCAUGCUGGAUAUGAAGGAGCACAAUGGCCAGUGCAGGACCUGUUGGCCCAGGGGGCUCAGAUCAACACCGCUGACUGCUGGGGCCGCUCCUCUGCAUGUGUGUGCAGAGAAGGGCCACGCGCUCACUCUCCAGACCAUCCGAAGAGCUCUGAAGGGUAAAGGUCAGGAGCUUAAUGUGGAAGAAGUCAACUAUGAUGGCCUAACACCUCUUCAGACAGCGGUCCUGUCUCACAAUGCUGUUGUCCAGGAGUUGGGUCGUAUGGCGGCGACCCCCCAGUCCCCUGGGGUGGUGGAGUUGAUGCAGAGAAGGAAGCUACUGCGGGAGUGUGUCAACACACUGCUGCUCAUGGGAGCCUCCUGUGCAACUAAGGAUCAUAAAAGUGGUCGCACCUCCCUGCACAUGGCUUCUCAGGAGGCCAAUGUGGAGCUCUUACGCAUCUUCCUCGACCAGCCAGACUCUCUUUCUAUUGUCAAUGUCAAGGCAUUCAGUGGAAACACAGCGCUGCACUUUGCCAGUUCUGUGCAUGGUCGGGUGACUCAGGUGGAUGCUGUGAAGCUGCUGAUGAGGAGAGGGGCCGACCCCAGCUACAAGAACCUGGAGAAUGAGCAGCCUGCCCAGCUGGUGCCUGAAGGGCCCGUCGGAGACCAGGUGCUGCGUAUCCUGAAGGGGAAAGGCUACCAGGCCCAGUCUGCUGCCCAGUAGGGUGCAGGAUGGGAUCUACUGUCCAGAAACACUGUCAGUCAGACAGUCCAUUCUAUGUAGAAAUCAUUUGCCAUCGUAUGUAUGGCAGAUGUCAGUUGUUUCAAUGAAACAGUGAAUGUUGUUCGCUACGGUGUAGUGUAUUUUGAGGUAACCAUGUUAUCUUCUACCUUAAAAGGGCAAUCUGCAGUUGCUACAUCCAUUUUUGGACUUAUAAAUUAAUUAAUAUGUACCCAUUGAUUCUUGGAGAAU